AAGUUCCUAGCUGUCACCAGCCAUCUAAUCUCAUCUUGUACUGGAGUCCAGAUGAAGGUGAGGGUGGUGCGGCGCCGCUCUCUGUUUACCUGAGACACCUGUGCCCCUGUGUUGUUAGCACACACACUUCACGCCCGCCCUCCGGCCGAGAGAGGACGAAAACACGACUGCUACAAGGAUGAAGGGGCUCCCGGUGCUGUCCCUGCUCCUCUGGAUGUGUGCGGUGUACUUUGUGGGCAUCUACCUGUUUGUCGGCGGCUUCCUGCUGGUGAGGCUGGAGGUGAACCGGACCAGCACCUGCGGAGACGUCCUCCAGCCCGGAGAGGAGCCGGUGGACUUCUGCCGCGUCCAGCCGCGCUUCCGCAGGGCUGUGAUCCUCAUCAUCGACGCCCUCAAGAUCGACUUCGCCUGGUUCGACCCCAACAACACGGAUCCCCGGCCCUACGAGAACAAGCUGCCCGUGCUGGAGGAGACGGUCUCAUCCAGGCCUUCACACAGCCGCCUGUACCCGUUUCGUGCAGAUCCGCCUACCACCACCAUGCAGAGGAUCAAGGGCUUCACCACUGGCUCCUUGCCCACCUUUGUGGAUGUGGGGAACAACUUUGCAUCCAGUGCUAUACUGGAGGACAACCUCAUCCACCAGUUUGGGCAAGUCGGCAAACGAGUUGUGUUCAUGGGCGACGACACUUGGGAGAAUCUUUUUCCUAAAAAGUUCCACCGCUCCCUGCCCUUCCCCUCCUUCAAUGUCAAGGAUCUGCACACUGUGGACAACGGCAUCCUCCAGCACCUCUACACAACUAUGGUGGGGAAUGACUGGGACGUCCUGGUUGCUCAUUUCCUCGGAGUGGAUCACUGCGGCCACAGGUUCGGCCCCAACCACCCGGCCAUGGCUGACAAGCUUACCCAGAUGGACGGAGUCAUCAGGUCUGUGAUUGACCGCCUGCAGAAUGACACCCUGCUGGUGGUGAUGGGAGAUCACGGGAUGACAGACACUGGAGAUCACGGUGGAGAAAGUCAGAAGGAGACAGAUGCUGCCAUCUUCCUCUACAGCCCUUCUCCUCUGUUUCCCGGACCGCCGUCUCAGAGUGAACCGCACGUGGUGCCUCAGACAGACCUGGUGCCCACCCUGGCUCUGCUGCUGGGAGUUCCCAUCCCGUACAGCAGUGUGGGUCAGGUUCUCCUGCCCGUGUUUCCCCCUCAUGGACAGACUGAAGGUGCAGUUGGGCGUCUCAGCCAGCUGGAGGCGCUGUGGAUCAAUGCAAAGCAGGUCAACCGUUUCCUGGAGACGUACUCUGGCAUGGCCAAAGACAUCCCCCCGGAGAGCCUCUCUCAGCUGAAGCAUGAAUUCUCCCGCCUCUCCUCUGAGUACCUCACAACGGUCAGAGAGGGUCGGUCACCCUCCCCACAGCUGGCCGCCUCCCUGCAGGCCUACCUCACCUCCGUCAGAGACACCUGCCGAGCUACCUGGGCUCGAUUCAACCCGCUGAAGAUGGCGGCAGGUUUAGCCAUCCUGGCAUUUGCUUGCUUGACGUGUUUCAUCCUGUCUGAGCUGUCCUUCAUACUGAUCCGGGAGAACGGACCUGGACUCAAGGCCCCGGUUCUAGUGGCACUAAUGGCAGGGGUUUGUGUGGCUGCUGGUCAGCUCCUCAUGCAGGGCUACGUAGAGGUAGCGUGGUGCCUGGCAGCCGCCGCCCUCAGCUCCGAACUUCUCUUCCUCUGGAGAGCUCAUCGAUACAGAGCGAUCGCUGUGGAAAAGAACGGAUCGAAAGCUCCGAAAUGCACAGGCUGGCUGACCCCACGCCGCAUCCUCAUCCCCCCUCUGUUGGUGCCGCUCCUCCGCUGUGCCUCCCUGCUCUCAGACAGCUACGUGAUCGCUGAGGGCCGCGCCGUGACCUUUCUGGUGUUCUCUCUGGCUCUCUAUAUUCCCAUCCAUCUCAACUGGGAGGGGCUGCUCGUGCCCCCCAGCUAUGACCCUCUGAAGGCUGCAGGGUUCCUGCCUUCGCCAGCUGUGUCCCCGUCGAUUGUGAGGAAAGAAAGCAGCACCCUCUUAGCCUGCUUAGGACUUCUUGUUGGCAGUCUCUACCUCUCCCUCUCCUUCCACGCCUGCCGGGAAGAACAGGGCUCCUGCCAGCCGUCCCUGUUUCUGUCUCCUCUUUCACGUUUGCAGAACAGCCAGCUGAAAAACCUCCACUAUGUGCUCUCUGUCGUCUCCCUGGGCUUGUGGACAUACCUGCUUAGGCGCUGUCUCCGCCAUUACGGCAACCUCAACUCCGCAGGUGGGACGGUGUUCACGGCCCGCUGGAUCCUGCCGCUGCUGUCUGUGUGCCUGGCGUUGCACUGGGCUGUUAGUGCCACUCCAGAGGACAGCUUUAGGAAUCUGGCCGAGCUCAUCAGCCUGGCCCAGCUGGCCCUCCCCAGGGCCGCCUUCUGUCUCCUGGGAUUGGGGCUGUUCCUGAUCUGGCUGGACCCCCUCACUGUGUUUGUGAAGACCAGGGCUGCAGCCUCAGCCAGAGGUCCGUCCCUACCCCCGCCCCGCUACCGAGCGAGCACGGGCAUCAGCCCCCAAGCCGAGCUGCACCACCUCAUCCCCCAGAUCUACCAGCGAAUGCGUCGUUCGCUGGACGACGGAGAGCUGAGCGGGGGCAGCGAGGUGGACAGCAGGCCCGCUGUGGAGGCCUACGGGCUGGGAACUGUGUACUCUGCCCCUUUGCUGCUGUUUUGCGGCCUGCUGGGAAUCGGACUGCUGCUGUUGCACCCAGAGGGCAUGGCUCUGUCUUUCCUCCUGCUGCUGCUCGAAAUGGGAGCUCUGUUGCACAUUCACGCUUCCUCCACAACCCUCAGUGGCCUGCAAGGAACAUAUUCUGGUGGUUUUAAUGUGCCCUGGACUCCGGUGGUGCUGUGGGCCCUGGCUGCCACCCAGUUCUUCCAUGCCACAGGUCACCUUCCCACCUUCCCUUCCAUCCAGUGGGGUGCUGCCUUUGUGGGAUUCCCUGAAGGACACACAGGCACCAUUCUGCCCGCCUCACUGGUUACCCUCAACACUUUUGCCUCACACAUCUUGUUCGCAGUGGGUUGUCCCUUGCUACUGUUCUGGCCCCUGGUGUGUGAAGUGCGCGGGAGCAGGGGAGGACGCGCUUGUGGGGACGAAGGAGAGGAUGCUGUGAUGGAGAUGAGACUGAGAGAAAACCCCCAGCAGUUCAGCACCGCCCUUCUUCAACUCUCAACACGCUACCUCUUUAUUCUCGGAGCACAGGUCUUUGCUUCAGUCUGUGCCGCUGCUAUCCUCAGGAGACACCUAAUGGUGUGGAAGGUUUUUGCACCCAAGUUAAUGUUUGAGGCCUCAGGGUUCCUGAUGAGCAGCGCGUCUCUGCUGAUCGGGGUCACGUUAGUGCUGAGAGUGGACGUGGCGGUGGGCCGCUGGUUUAAGAGACUCAUCCCCGAUGCAUCCAGGUAGCGACGGCACUGCUGCUGCUUUACCACAGAAGCCCACCAGAGCUCACUGUGCCACAGAGAAAAUGGACAUUGCGGUGUCACUGUAAAGUUUUUCUAUGGACCUCUCACAAACAAACAUCGCCAUCUGUGUCUAGCAUGAGGAUCCCCACAAAGAUCAAUGUCACGUGAGGUUGCCACUUAAUGUAACUCUUGUGAGGGCUAUGACACAGAGGCCCAAUUUCUUUUGAGCCAGAGGGACGUAAGGAUGUCAAAUCUCAGACUGAAUUUCGAGCAUCUGGAGUCACGAUGAAGAUGUGUUUUUUUACUGUGAUGAAAUGAUAAUCUUGCACCUCAGUCAGCUCAUGAGGUUGAAGGCAUUUGGGGUGUAUGUGGUAAGAGAAGGAAUAGCAGUUUCUGAAUGUCUCUCCUAAACUGUUUUUUUUUUUUUUAACAGAGCCAGACAGUCCUGCAGAUGGUUCACUUUGCCAGCAGUCAAAAAGCUUCACAAAAUACAUAUAAUAAACAAUUUACACUUAACUAUAUGCCUGUCACAGUUGACUAGCAACAGCAUUUGAAGAAAAUUGGCCUUUUUUCGACUUCAUAACAGAAGCUCACGUUUAAUGUGGCGGGGGGGAUAUAAGAAAUGAAAGGGCAAGCGAAUGUUAAGUGUCUUACUGCAGAGGCUGAAAUCUGUGACUCUUCAGCGACAGAAUGACAACUUCAUCCCUAAAAUGUUCAUUUGUGUAUCAGUCACCCACACCAUGUUGACAUUUCAUUUGUCCUAAUUUUGAAUGCCUCCAAUGAAGAAUCCCAAAACACUUAUUUUAGUGUUGUUUAGUUAUGGGAGUCCACGUGUAACAACAGCAAAACUAUACAAAACAUCUGUUUAUAAACUCACACAUCUGUGCAGUGUAAUUCAAAUCUGUUAUGCUUAGUGCUUCUCAAACAGCAGCCCCGUCAUAACAGGAACUGAACUGAACUGAAACUUUUUUUCAAUGCCAGACCUCAUUGAUAAAAACUGUAAUUUUACCUUGCUGAACAUGGAAGCUGUUAGUCUACCACUGCCUUCAGUGUUUUCAAGGGUUAGCUCUGACUCAUCAAAGUCACAUAAUAACACAAGCAAAGUUGCACAAUAACACAAAUAAACCAACUUAUAAACACAGAAGCAGACCAGCAGCUCCCAUGUUCAGCAAGGUAAAAUUACUGUUUUUGUUAAUGGUGUCUGGCUUUGACGAGACCAUCAAUAAGUUAAACUUUCACUUUUUUGGGCAGUGCCGAGCACAGGAUUGGGUAAAUAACACUUGGUUUAUACUGCACAAGUCGUGUGACAGUUUUUAAAUUGAUGUUCUGAGUUUCGCUGUGUUAAACAUGUAGCCUUAUAAUUUCAGAUUCUUCAUUUAUCUUGGAGGCAUGCAAGAAAAACAGAGUUCUUCUCACAAAUUCAACCUAACACGAGUUGAGUAAUUGAUACACACAUGGUCAUUUGGGGGGUGAAGUAUUCCUUUAACCACCAAAGCCAAUCUGCCACUCAAUGUCUGGGACUACUUUCUGACCGAUUUGCAAACAGGUUUGGUGGAAUCCAUCCAAGUGCAUUACACCACGUCUGUCAUCUAAGUGUCUGCUGGAGGAACUUUUCCAUGUUUUGUAUGUUUUGUAUUUUCAAGAUGUUGAACUAACCAGCACAUCUGGUUACUGCCAAUUCACAUAGUAUUACUGUGCAGUUAGUUUUUUUUUACACUGUUUCGGGUUCUAAAUCUGUUGUGGUCUUUUUUUUUUUUUUUUUUUUUUUUUUUACAGUCCAGAUUCCUAAUUCUAAUGCCUAUUUAUAAUUCAGAUUUGUUUUAAUUACUGAUGGUACAUUUUUUUUAACUCAAAUAAAACUUUUGUCUUAAUUAGGCCAUUUACACCUUUUGCCCGGGAAUAGGUGCCUAGCUUUGACCAAUGCCUUUUUUUUAAUGUAUGAUGUCAUUAUGUUGACAGGGUCAUUCAAUCCAAGACCUCCAGAAACACUGUCAGUUAAUUUAUUUCUGCAGGACGUCUGAGUCAGUGUCUGAUGUAAGAUCUGUUACUUUUGUGCAGCUGUAGUCAGCAGCUAAAGCUCAUUAGCUAAUGCACGAUAUCGAAGGAAUGUUGACUCAGGAUGAAUUAGCUGCAAUGCAAUAGUACUGCAUUCCUCAGGCUGUGUAUGGGCGUGACUCGUCAUUUGGAGCGGCUGCUGGAGUGAUCAGCCCGAGUGAUGGUUUGGCUUGGUUGUGUGAUGAUGGGGCACUUUUUUUUCCUCUGUACUAAAAUGUUUAAUAUAUAAA